CAACCUAAACAAAAGUCGUCGGACCUGACAGAUAAUUCGAAGUAAGAUGGGCCGAGUUGACGCGAAUCCAGCUCCUCAAUCCUCUGAUCAAACCCCAUUCCAACAUCCAUCGCCACCACCACAAGGCUACCCAAACAAUCAUGAAAACCCACUAUCAUCGUCACCCCUUCCUUCACAACCAGAUGCUUAUAUGGCCGAUAAUGAUCGGAAUCAGAGCCACCCUCAGUCCACUCGUUCAUUCGUACCUCAGUCGCCAGAAAGUAUGCCGCCACCUGAAGCUUUCCCACCACAGAAGCCACAUACGUACCCACCUCAACAAUCACCAUCAGCAUACCCACAUCAGCCGGAAGGUGUUAGUAUGCCACCACCUGAAGCUUACCCACCUCAGAAACCACAUACGUACCCACCUCAACAGCCACCGGCAGCGUACCCACCUCAGCCGGAAGCUGUUCAGUUUCCUCCUCAGCCACAGCCUGUUCAGUUUCCACCUCAGCAGACUAGUACUCAACAAGCUUACAGUAACAACUACGCCUUUAAUUCUAAUGCUCAGCCACAGGUGGUGAACUACGGUGUAGCUCCGACAGGAUAUCAAACGCCCGUUAAAAAUGGCCCUCCGCAAGGGAUUGCUGUUGGAACUCAAUACCUUGCUCCGACUCAGGAAUGGAGUAAUGGUCUCUUUGACUGUGCUGAGGAUCCAGAAAAUGCGAUUAUAACGGCAUGUUUCCCAUGCAUCACUUUCGGACAGAUUGCAGAGAUUGUUGACCACGGCCAAACUUCAUGUGCGACGAGCGGACUUAUAUAUGGUCUAAUCAGUGCGUUUAUUGGGAUUCCAUGCAUUAUGUCAUGCUCAUAUCGCACCAAAAUCAGAAGCCGCUAUGGUUUGCUAGAGACUCCUGCACCAGAUUGGGCUACACACUUUUUUUGCGAGUGGUGUGCACUUUGCCAAGAAUACCGACAACUUAAAGCCCAAGGCUUGGACCCUGCUAUAGGAUGGCAAGGAAACAUGGCGAAGAACCAACAAAUGCAGCAAUAUCAAGUGAUGACGCCUCCAAUGAACCAAACAAUGAUGAGUUGACCGAUGUGAAAUUUAAAUUUAAAUAUUAUCAUUCCUAUCUCUCUAUUAUAUUGGUGUUUAAUGAAUUCAUUUGUACCUGUAAUAAGUUUUUUUUGUUGCAAUAUAUAAUUUCCUUUUAUUUUCA